AUGGCGCAAGCAAACGGCAAACGCCACGAUCAGGAAGAAGAGGUCGUGCCGGCGAUCAGACACGACGACGCCGAAUGGAAGAUCAUUCAGCAGAACACCUUUACGCGUUGGGUGAAUAAUCAUUUGCAAAAAGCUGGAGAGUCGAUUAAUAAUUUGGAAACUGAUCUCUCUGAUGGUUUGAAGCUUAUCGCUCUUGCCGGUGUUCUCUCGCAGAAAAAUGUGGGAAAGUACAACAAAAAGGUAAACUUCCGCUCUCAGAAGCUUGAAAAUGUCUCACUGGCUCUCAACUUUUUCCAAUACGAAGAGAAUAUCAAGAUCAUCAAUAUUGGUCAUACACAUAUCGUAGAUCACAACAAAAAGCUUAUCCUUGGUCUUAUUUGGACCUUGAUUCUUCACUAUUCGAUUUCGAUGGGAUGGAUUCAGGAGAAACGUGAAGAUGGUGUUUCUGAAGAAACACCGAAGCAGAAGCUUCUCAACUGGAUCCGCAAUCGUCUUCCGGGUAUGCCGAUCUCGAACUUCACUUCUGAUUGGAACGAUGGUGUCGCACUUGGAGCUCUUGUUAGCUCGAUGGCUCCAGGAGCGCUCAAUGAUUGGGACCAGUGGACGCCGGAUGACGCGCUUCAUAACACGGAGAAGGCGAUGAAAGCGGCGCAAGACUUACUUAAGGUUGCGCCGCUUAUUGCCCCAGCCGAAAUGAUUCAUCCCGAUAUUGAUGAGAUGUCCGUGAUGACUUAUUUGUCGCAAUUCCCGGCUGCUAAACCUGUUGUUGUGAAGCCCCUUGUUAAUGGAAUUAUCAGCAAAUUGGAAAACAAGUUGAUUGUUAAUCAGCCGAUUGAAUUUGAGUUGAGACUUUCUCGUGAAGGAUACAAGCCCAAGAUUGGAAUCCGUGAUGCAGACGGUAAUGACGUUCAUUUAGUUGUCAAGAAGCUUGAAGACGAGCUCUACCGAAUCAAGUUCACCCCGACGAAAGUUGGAGUUCUUAAUAUUGAUGUAGCUGCCACUGACUUGAACACAUUUGAGAAUCAGGCGAUUCCAGACGCAUCCACGACCGUUCAGGUUGUUCCAGUUGCCAAACUUCUUGACUACAACACCUCAGCCAAAGUUGGUGAUGAGGUCAAGUUUACUGUCGUUGACGCUAUUGAAGGACCGGUUGAGGCCAUCGUUGUUGAUGCAUCUGGAAAGGAGCACCGUCUUCCUGUCUUGGAAGGAUGUCAUAAGGGAGAAUUCAAUUUCGAAUAUGUUGUUCCGCAAGUUGGUCUUCACUCGGUCAAUGUGUUCCAGUCGAAUAUUCCGAUCGCCAAUAGCCCAUUCCCGCUUCGUGGAAAACCGAAAAAUGUUUUGUCCGUCUGGGGACGCGGAAUCAUGGAGAAUGGUGUUCGCGCCGGUGACGUCGUCGGUGUUCAUGUGAACUCGUGUGAUCCGGAGGAAAAGGUGGCUUCUGGAAAUGUACAUCUUGACGUUGUUAAAUCUGAUGGUUCGAAGGUCCCGGUUAGUGUCGAAUAUGACGAGGAUUCUGACACGCUCAACUUUGAGUAUUCGCCACUUCAAGCUGAUCAACUAGAGGUUCUUGUGAAGGCAAAUGGCGAAGUUGUCGAAUCGAAGAAGGUCAAUGUCGGACCACCAACGGAAUGCCCGAUUCGCGCAUUCGGGCCGGGACUUGAGCGAGGUGUUGUCAAUGAGCCUUGUGUCUUCGAUGUUGAGAUGAAUGGAGCUGACGGAGCGCUGCAGGUUGAAGUUGAAGGAACUAGCAAAACGGAGAUAAACUUGCAAGAGAGGCCUGAUGGAAGCGCCAUCGUCUCGUAUACGCCGCUGAACAAGGGCGUUUAUCGUGUUUCGGUUCUCUCGGCCGGUGAGCACAUCAAGGAUUCGCCGUUCUGUCUCAAGGUUGAAGAGUCGAAGCUUGGAUUGAAGCCGAGCGCGACACGUGUCACUGGAAUUGACGAGAACAAAAUGUACACUGUUGGCGAGAAGGUGCCGUUCCGUGUCGACACGCGUCUCGUCGGAGCUGACAUUGUACCGAAGGUGGAGGUUCUUGAUUCGCAUCUCAACAAGAUUCAAUAUGGAGCCAGAGAAGUAACGCCGGGUAUUUUCGAGUACAACUUUGUACCAAAACAAGCCAUCAAGCAUAAUAUAAAUGUUAGUGUGGGAGGAGUUGCGGCUCCGGGAGCACCAUAUUCGAUCAAAGUAAAGGAGUUUAUCGAUCCAUCGAAGUUGAGAAUUUAUGGACCCGGAAUUGACGGACCAGUGUAUACAAAGGAGCCUACUCGUUUUACCAUUGACGCCAAGCAAGCUGGAGCUGGAACUGUUGAAGUGGAGCUGAGAGACAAUAUUGGAGAAAAAGUGGAUUUGGAUGUUCUCGAUAAUCAGGAUGGCUCGUUUACCGUAAAAUACACUGCUAAACGUCCAGGAUCUUAUCAGCUUAACGUGGUAUUCGCUGGCGAGGAGAUUUCACCAAUUGAAAUCAAUGUGAAGCCUAAUGUUGACACUUCUGGAAUUAGUAUCGAAGGCCUUGAGAAUGCUGUUGUUACGGUCAACGUCGAAAAGGAGAUCCACGUGUUCACUACGGAUGGUGACAACACGAGGAUUGUGAUUACCUCUCCGUCGGGAAGAGUUGUUGAGGCUUUCAUUGAAUCGACGCCGAGCGGAUUCCGAGUGCGAUUCACGCCUUCGGAAGUCGGCGAUUACUCGAUUGAUGUUACUUAUCAGGAUAUCCCUAUUGAUGAUUCGCCAUUCAAGAUGCAAGCGGUUGAAGAGGAAUUGGAUGGAGAUCGUGAAAUGGGAUCACUGGCCGAAGCCGAAUAUGUCGUCAGCGGAUUGGGACCACCUCGAGCUGAUUUGGUGGAAGUGUCGGGACCUGGGCUGGGUCCCCUUGUGGCUCAACGCCCGACAUAUGUCAUCAUUGACACCACUAAUGCAGGAUUUGGAGAUAUUGACGUGUUUGUCGAUGGACCGAUGAAAACUCCUCUUCACUGCGUUGAUAAUCAGGAGGGCGCUUUGAAGAUGUGUUUUACGCCAAAGACGCCGGGACUUUAUUAUCUUCGAGUGAUGUUUGAUAAUCAACAUGUGCCGGGAAGCCCGUUCCAGAUUGUUGCUGUUGCUUCACUGCUAGCUUCGCCGUCGAUGUUGUCGGAGCGCGCCGAGAGCCCGUAUUCGUCGAUUUCUAGCAACGCGUGCCUCAUUGGGACCCGUCUCAACCCGAAAAUCGACAUUGGAAACUUAAAGCCCACCGCGAGUGGUGUUCGAAUUGUUGACGAAGUUGCUGGCAAGAGAUUCAAUAUUCCGGUUGUCAAAAAUGAGGAUGGCACGUAUUCGAGCCGAUUCCCGAUUGUCAAUCUUGGAAUUCAUCGAUUUUCUGUGUUGUUUGAUGAUGAGAUUGUUGACGAGUUUGACUAUGAGGUUCUGCCUGGAACUGAUGUAUCGAAAUGUCAAGCUCAUGGCGAGGGUCUAAAAUCUGCAAUUGUUGGCGAAAAAGCCACGUUUGAUUUGGAUAUUCAUGGAGCCGGAGAAGGGGCCCUUGAUGUUCAGAUGAAGGGUCCAUCGAAGGCUGAAUCGAAGAUUAUUGAUCAUAAGGAUGGUAGUUGCACUGUUGACUAUGUUGCUCAUGCUCCUGGAGAAUAUGAGAUUGCUAUAAUGUUUGGUGAAAAGGAUAAGAAAAAGCACAUCAGGGGUUCUCCGUUCAAAGCGGUUGUUGACUAUAAGAAGGAUCCUUCGAAGAUCGCCGUUACCGGAUUGGAGACACCGAUUGUCCGAGUUAAUCAGCCAUCGAACUUUGUCAUCGAUGCGUCGAAGACUAAAGAUGGAACGAUUAUUGCGAGACUCCCGCCCGGAUUUGAGCAGCCUGUUCUUCGAAAAUCGCCUCAUAAUCCGAGAAUCUACACCGGCGAAUUCACACUAAAUGGUGAAGCCGGCAAAUCGGUGCCGUUGGAGAUUCUCUAUGAUGGAGAAGUUAUUCCGAGGAAGCCAAUCUUGUUGAAGGUGAUUCCGGAGACUCAGCCCGAAUUGCUUAAGCAUUCUGAGAAAGAAAUGAUUGCUGAUGCGUCGAAUAUGGGAAAGAUUGAUUUUGAUGUAAGAGAUUGCGGAGUUGUUCGAGAGCUUGGAGCGGAAGUUGUGGGACCAGAUGGACGUUCUAGAGAGAAUCAUCUUCGCGCUCUCGAGCCGAAUGGCGUGUUCGAAUUGUCGUUCCCGACUGACAUGGCUGGAGAUUACGUUGCUACAAUUCGCAUGAAUGGAGAGAAAACUGGGAAGCCUUUGAUCGUGAAGGCGCUGAAAUGUGGAAAGAAAGCUGACAUUGUCAAAACUGAUAUUCUUCCAUUCCGCGAAGUUCUCCAUGAUUCACCGGCCAUCUUGUCGUAUGAUCAUCCAUUUGAGAAGAAAAAGAAAGGACCACACCCGAAUUUGUGUGUUGUCGCGAAGCGACCCGACGCAGUGGAAAUUGAUGUGACCUCAAGACCGGCCCAGAAUGGAAACGGAAUCAACGAGGAGGUUAAAAUCAUCCCGACGAAGCUCGGAAAGAAUGAGCUUGACGUUUAUUAUGGAGGAGAGCAUGUCGAUCAUGUGGAGUAUGAGGCGGUCGAGCUCGAAGCAUUCGAGAAAGUCAAGGCUCAACACGCCACUGUUACUGUUGACGACGUCGAGAAGUACGAAAAGGACUAUCUGCACGAGUCGUACGUCAAAGAACAGAACACCUGUGAGAAGGAGCAACAAUUGCAGCGUUCGCUCGACAUCGACGAGAAGCCGUUUGUUUCGCAUCAGAUUCCGGUAGAGAAGAGUCCGAAGUCGAAGCCGUUGCCGCAAAAGGAGUUUAGGUUCAACCUACAAGAUCCAAGCCUACGAAUUGAAGAACUUGAAGCGUACGUCAUGCCGCCAAGUCAUAAGAAAGAAGCUGCGGAGAUAAUUGACAAUCAUGAUGGUACCAUCCUUGUGAAGUACGUCCCGAAGGUUCUCGGAGCCCACGAGCUGUCGAUUCUCCAGAAUGGAGCUCAACUUCAAGGAACUCCGAUUAAAUUCUUUGUUGAUGGCUAUGGAGAUGGAUACGCAACUGUUUACGGUGCUGGUCUACAAAAUGCCAUUGUUGGCGAACCAGCCGCAUUCACGGUUUGCGCCAAAGGAUCACAGGCGAAGGAGUUGGCCGUAAGCAUUGAGGGACCGGCCUCGAGCAAUAUCAAAAUACAUGACAACAAAGAUGGAACGUGCUCGGUUGCCUGGGUACCGCCGGUUCCCGGAGAGUACAAUGUUCAUGUGAAGUUGGGUGGAAAAGAAGUUCGCGAUUCGCCUUUCAAAGUUUUGGUUAUGGGAGAGGGCCAGAAGCGUUCCCAUCUUUCUGUUGGAUCCACUUCGGAAGUUGCUCUUCCACUCACUGAAGGUGAACUCAAAGGAAUCUCCGCUUCGAUCAAAUCGCCUGGAGGAAUCGAGGAGCCAUGCUUUGUUCGUCUUUUGGACGGCGGUCGACUCGGCGUCUCGUUCACUCCGCGUGAGGCUGGAGAGCACCUGAUCACUGUUAAGCGUGACGGAAAACUCGUGCCGAAGGCGCCGUUCAAGAUCAAGGUCGAUCGUUCGCAGGUCGGUGAUGCUAGCAAGGUUGAGGUCAGCGGACCGGGAAAAGCCAAGGCGGUCACGCUUCAGGAGAAUGAGCUUCUUGUUGAUACCACUAAAGCUGGAUAUGGAGGUCUUUCGGUUUCCGUUCAGGGACCAUCGAAAGCUGAACUGAAGUGCAGAGAAGUGAAGACUGGACUUGUCAAGGUUCUUUACACACCAACAGAGCCGGGAGUCUACGCAAUUGCGAUUAAAUUCGCUGAUCAUCAUGUCAAAGAUUCCCCGCUUACCGUGCAAUGUACCGGAAAGAGCGCUGGACGCGUUGUGCAGACAAUUGAGCGACGCGCUGAGCAACAGACGUUGGCUCUUCCGAAUCAGGAGUCGCUUUUGUAUUUCAAGUUGCCGAACACCUCACCAAUGGACAUCAACGCGAGAUUGAUGGAUCCGAAGGGGCAUACUGAGGAUAUUGAGAUGAGAGAUAUUGGGCAGCAGUUCUAUCAGCUCAAGUUCUUGCCGAAGAUGGAAGGAGUCCAUACUAUCUCGAUUAUGUACAAGGAUGCGCAUGUCAAUGGUUCUCCGUUCCAAUUCACCGUUGGAAGCUUCUCGGAAAGUGGAGCUCACAAAGUGCGCGCUGCUGGACAGGGAGUUGUUCGUGGAGAGACUGGCAACUUCAACUCUUUCAACUUGUAUCAUCGCGAGGCAGGACCUGGAAAGUUGACGGUGACUGUCGAAGGACCGAGUAAAGCGGCGCUUGAAUUUAAGGACCAUAAGGAUGGAAAUUGCCAUGUUGACUAUAAGGUGGCGACUCCGGGAGAGUACAUCAUUGCCGUCAAGUUCAAUGAUCAACAUAUUCCCGAUUCGCCGUUCAAGGUUUUCAUCGCGCCGGCUAUUGGAGAGGUGCGCAAGCUUGAGCUCGCCCAGUUCCACGAUCAAGGAAUUCCUGCUGGAAAGGCGUUCACAUUCACUGUGCUCACCCAUCGCGCCAAGGGACAUCUUGAGGCUAAGGUGAUUGCACCCAACAAUGAGGUUGAAACGAUUGACAUUGUACCGAUCGAGGAUGGCGAGAGCUACGCUAUGCGAUUCGUGCCGAAGGAGACUGGAAACCACUAUAUUCAUGUGACGCUUGAUGGUGCGCCGAUGCGCGACUCGCCGUUCCGCCUUCGCGUUGGUGGCAAAGAUUUGUGCGACCCGACGGCGAUCACGGCUUCUGGUGAAGGACUCGCCAAGGGACUUACUGGACAGAAGUGCGAGUUUAUUGUGAACACUGCGAAUGCUGGAGCCGGUAUCUUGAAUGUCCAAAUGGAAGGACCGAGCAAGGUCACCUUGGAUGCCUAUGAGCUUGAAAAAGGUUACAAAGUGCGAUACACUCCGUUGGCUCCAGGAGACUACUUUGCCUCUAUAAAGUACAACGGUAUCCAUGUGCCAGGAUCGCCAUUCAAGAUUCCCGUCGAAGGAAAAGCUUUGGGAGGCAACGGAUACAAUGAGACGUCCACGGUGAAGAUUGAUGCUGUUGCCAAGACCAGCAAGGGUACCGUUGCUACUGUUCCGGAAUACACAGGAGAUGCUAGCAAGGUAACCGCUAAGGGUGCAGGAUUGAACAAGUUCUUCCCUGGACGACCGGCGGCGUUCCAGAUCGAUACUGGAUUGGCUGGAACCAAUUUGUUGAUGGUUGGUGUGGUGACGUCAAAGGGACCGUGCGAGGAGGUUAUGGUCCGCCAUCAAGGACAAGGACACUAUGUGUGCUCGUACCGUAUUCCGGAGCGAGUCAAAGGGUUCAUUUUCAUCAAAUAUGGUGAUAAGGAAAUUCCGGGAUCUCCAUUCGCCAUCGAGCCAUAA